AUGUCUAAAGUGCUGAUAAUAAGACAUUUACCAGCUGCACUAUCGUUUGAAGAUAAAGAACAACUCUUAAAACAUUUUGGUGCGGAAAAUGUUUGGGAAACAAGAUCGAAACGUAAUUAUGUUUUUGCUUCGUUUAGUAGUGUUGAUAAAGCUAAGGCAUCACUCUCACGACUUCAUCAGCUGGAGAUAGCUAACCGCCGACUUGUGGUAGAAUAUUCCACUGAAAAGGAACCAAUCACAAGUGAUAAAACUCAUUCUGAACAGAAAUCUGAAACUACCAAGUUAAUCAAACAGUUCCUGAAAGUUUUAAACGCAUGGAAUCCAUCUAUUGACUUCUACCAACCUCCACCUAUUCACUUAAAAUAUAAUUAUCCGGACAUUAAUUCACAAAUAGCUAUGAAUAUAAUUUACUCACUAUUUCAUCAUAAACCUCUUUAUAUUCAAACAUUACAUUUAAUGAACAAAAUGUGUCUUGAUGUUCCCUUUGAAGAAAAUCAAAUAUGUAUGGAUUUUUUUAAAGAAACUUUCAGGCAAUAUUUUGUGACAGACAUCCAACUGCCUCCACAGUUACCAAGUGAAACAGAGUCUGAGAUAUCCAGUGCAGAAGAUGAGCAUAAAGUAGAACCUAUCAGAAAACUAGUGACAAGGAAAAGAAAACUUCCAGUUCCAAAACCAAUACAUCCCAUGAAGCUCCAAGCAGUGCUGCCAGUCACAACUAAGACAAAGAAAACGAUGGUUCAUCAGGAAGAAGUAUUUGAAACAGUAACUCCUAUUCAAGAACCAAAGAAAAUCUUGUUGAAUGUUCAUCAAGAUGCUCUACAGAAACCCACCGAGGAACCUGAAGUUAUUGGAGAACUUGGGAAGUUCCAAAAAGAAGAUCCACCGGUUGAGGUUGAAGACAAACAGGAAGAACCAGACCAGCCAGUCAUUACCAAAAAGGACUUGUUACGGAAUAGGAUAUCACACAAGGAUAUGAAGAUACUACCAGUUUUCAAAAAUUACCAUCCUGGAGAACCAUCAAUGAGACUGUACAUUAAAAAUUUAGCUAAGUCUGUGUCUGAAAAAGACUUAAUGAGUAUUUAUAAGAGAUAUGUUGAAAAAUUGACUGAUAAAGAAAUGACUGGCUUUGAUGUACGAGUCAUGCAAGAAGGUAGGAUGAAAGGACAAGCAUUUGUGACAUUCCCUUCUGUGCGUAUAGCAGAAACAGCACUGCAUGAAACUAAUGGCUACUUGCUAAAAGAAAAGCCAAUGGUUGUACAAUUUGCUAGAGCUGCCAAUAAAAAGACAAUAGAGUAA